UUGACAUAAUGGCAACUUAUUUGCCGUAUCCCUUCUUGUAAACAAAAAGCGCGUGGUGGCAAGAGCACAUGUUGAAAUUUGAAAUUUUGAACAUUUGUUUGAACGUGUAAUAAAAUAUGAAUUCUAUUAUUCCUAAUGGUAAUGCAAAAUGUGAAUUGUUAUCGAAACAGCAUGUGACAGAUGAAUAUAUAUUACAGUGUGUUGUAAAUAACCAUGAACAAGUCAAGCUGGCUCUUGUGAUAUCUAAUAAUGAUAUUAUGUUGCUUGAUAGCGUAAGUAAUGCUGCCCCGACUUGUUUAAAGGGUCAUCAAAAAACAAUUACAGAUAUUAAAUUUAGCCAUGAAGACCCACAUAUGCUUUUUUCAAGUUCUCUAGAUGGGAGAAUUUUUAUAUGGGACACAAGAAGUAAAAAUGAUCCAGUUCAGACAUUUUACGAUGAUACUGAUACGAUAUUGAAACCUCUUUCUUGUUUUGAUUUCAACUUGAAUGAAAAUUAUGUAUGUGCUGGAACUGAACUAGUUAGAGAAGAUGCAUUUCUUAUUUUUUGGGAUCGUAGAACAUCAAAAAAUCUUGGUGGCUACUGGAAUUGUCAUUUUGACGAUAUUACUCAGGUUCAGUUUCAUCCUACACAUAACACUGGUAUGGCUUCAUCAUCAGUAGAUGGUCUAAUUAAUGUAUUUGACCUUAUGGGCUGUUCAGAGGAAGAUGCAUUAUUGUCUACCCUUAACAUUGGUUCUUCUGUAAUCAGAUUUUCUUGGUGUAAAGAAAACCUUUGUUGUACAACUGGAAAUGAAGAAUUUCAGCUUUGGUCUGUGAACGAACCAUCUCCAUAUCUCUCUGCUACCAGGGACGAACUUUCACAAUUAUCUCAGUACAAAGCUGAUUAUCUAAUUGACAGUUUUAUGGUAGAAAACUCCUUGUAUGUUGCUUCUGGUUCUAAUCAGGGAGUUGUUUAUUUGUAUAGUGCUGAAACAAAGAAACUACAGCUUUCUUGUGAAUUACAAAAUGGUCAUAGUGAUGUUGUUCGAUCAAUAUUCUAUAGUGAAAAGGGAAAAUUUAUUGCAACAGGAGGUGAAGAUGGUGUUGUCUCUUUAUGGAGUCAUUUUUGAUCAUAUUUAUUUCUUCUAUAACUUGUGUAUAUAUAGAUAAAAUAAAAGUGAAUAUUUUAAUUGAA